CUGACCUGGCAACAGGGUGGGCCUGACAAACACCUCUGUCCUUCCAAAGUCUCCUCUGCUGUCUGUAUCUUUAGGACACAAUGGUGCUACUCAGACCCUUGGCACUUCUUCUUGCUCUGGUUGUCUCUGUUGUCCACGACCUGCCCUGGAUCAUAAAUGUCUCCGAGAGCCAGGGACCUGGCACCAUCCUCUACUUGAACUGUACUUCUCACAUGCCCUCCCUGAAGUUGCUCAGUGUGCAGCCACCCACCACCUUCUUCAACCCACCCAGCUUGACCAGGUGGCAGGGGAUCUAUGUGGGAAAGGUGACCUUAAGCAGUUCAGCCCGGCUGGAUGCCCUGGCAGUGAACCGCUAUGAGCUGCAGCUGCAGUACACAUGUGGCAACAACGUGUCGGAGGGAUCACUCUUUGUGGAUGUGCAGCAGGACCCUGGCCAUAUCCAGUGUGCUGGCCCAUUCGCCAGCCCAGCUGGGGAAAUCAUUCAGGUGCCGGAAACAAUCACACCUGGGGCCAGGCUAUACACUCUGCUGUUCCCAGGCCUGGAACUCCAGGGAGCCCAGAUGAACAUCACCAGUGCCCAGGACCCUCCAUAUUUUCCCGGACCUUUCUCCAUCAAUGGGCAAGGUUGGCUGCGGGCACCACCUCAGGGCCUCAAAGGCCAGGCUCAAAAGGUCUUCCAGCUUCAGAUCCUGGUGACCUUUGGCCCAGGCCGAAGCUGCAGUGGGACGCUGGUGGUGAAAGUUUUGCCUGCUCCCUCCAGCCAAGUCUCCUUCUUGAAGCAGGAUCAGAAUAUCACCAUCCCCGAGGACUUCGUCCCCGGGAGUGAGGUGGUUCGGGUCCAGGCCCAGGGCCUCAACGUGCGCUACGAAAUCCUGUCUCCCGUACCCUGCACGCUCUUCUCCAUCGGACGCGCGGACGGCGUGAUCCGGACCACUGCGCCUCUGGAGUUGGCGCGGGCCCCAGGAGCAGCAGUCACUGUGCUGCAGGUGAAGGCCUUCGAGCGGCUCCAGCCGUGGGCCAGCGUUGAGCUCAAUCUCACCGUGAACGUGCGUCCGGUCAACCGCUGGCCUCCACGCUGCCUCCCAGCACUCCUAGUAACUCAAAUCCCCGAAACUGCACCUGUGGGCACCGUGCUGAGCAUCUUCACUUGCACUGACUUGGACUCUCCUGGCUCCACCAUGGACUAUCAGCUGCGGUUCCACGGCCCUCCUGGCCCCACCAGCCUCUGCCUUAUCGACAGGGUCCUGAAGGUGAAUGCCACACUGGACUGUGACACUCCUGGGGCCUGCUUUCAGCACACAGCCUCCAUCCUGGUGUUCGAUGGUGGUCAGCCCCUGAUGUCCACUGAGGUGCCAGUACUGGUGAUUGUGACACCUGUCAAUGAGUUCUCUCCGGCCUGCGUCACACGCACAUUCCGGGUUCGGGAGGAUGCAGGGCCCCGCACUCUGCUGGGCUCUGUGGUGGGCACGGACAUGGAUUACCCACAUGACAGCAUUGAAUACCAUACCUCUGGCGGGUCUGCCAUCUUCGCUGUGGACCGUCUCAGCGGGGAGGUUCGCCUCCUGGGGCCUUUGGACUAUGAGCAGCAGAGGAUGUACAGGCUCAUUGUCCUGGUGACUGACCAUAGCCAAGACCAGGACCCCACCUACCACCGCUCUGGAUCCUGCACUAUUACCAUUGAGAUUGAGGAUGUGAAUGACCAUGCUCCCGAGUGUGAGCCUCCGUUUCAAGAACUCACCGUCCGCACUUCCCUGGGCCAUAGCCUGGAGGUGACCAAGGUGUCAUGUCGGAUCCCUCAGGAGCCACAGCGCCUGGCCUUCUCCUACAGCAUCGUGGGAGGGAAUAGUCAGAGCCAAUUCAGCCUGCGAGGAGCCGUCCUGGUGCACGACAACCUCAAAUUGGGGGCCCCCUGGCCAGAACAGCCCCAUACUUAUGAGCUAUUGAUCCGUGUGGCUGAUGCAGGUCCCUCCAUCCCCCACCUCAGCACCACAGCUACCGUCAUUGUGCAUCUAGUUCCUUGGAGGGCCAGCACAGUGGCCACCAGCACCCACAGAGCCACAGUGCCUUCAGUGAUGAUGCCCCUGCUUGUGACAGACACAGAGGCUUUCUGGCAGCCGGAGCCCUGGUUCGUGGUGGUGCUGACAGUGACCGGUGCCCUCCUCCUGUUGGCCCUGGGCUGGCCUCUCAGCAGACUCCUCCAGGGGUUGACCCAGGUGCUACGGGCACCAAGCAAACCAGCUCAGGCUCUGCUGCUAAACAGUAUCCAAGGAGCUGAAGGGUCUGCUGAGGGGUUCAUGGAGGCACCGAUGAUGGAGACACCCCAGGCAUCCAUGAGCCUGCAGCAUUUCGAUGGCAGAGCACAGGACUCCUGUACAGGCAGAGAUUACCUGUUCAACUCACACACGGGAGCCCGGCGCUGGCUCUGAGGCCAAGAAGCUGCUUCACUACGUGAGAAUUUCUUCUUCACAUGAUCAUGGGCUGUGUUUUCAAGUUGAUUCAAUAAUAAACAAAAUU